AUGCGACAUCUAUGGCGGUCGAUACUGGCUAUAUCUCUGGUCUUCAGUGAAGGGAGCUCCCUGAAACUCCAUGCGCGAGAUGUCCCUGCUGUUGUUUCACUGGAUAUCAAACGCAAUUAUGUGGCGAACCCCGUGACCAGGGACAAUGCCAGACGCAAGAGAAAUAAGACCGUCGGGCAAAAACUCGAUAAUGAGGAAACACUCUAUUCCUGCAAUGUGACUCUUGGUACUCCUGGCCAAUCACUACGUCUUGUCCUUGACACUGGGAGUAGCGACCUCUGGUGCAACGCAGCAAAUUCCACUUUGUGCUCGACACCUGGCAAUGAUUGCAAUGUAUCGGGAUCAUACGAUCCCCUGUCCUCGUCGACAUAUGCAUUUGUUUCAUCCGACUUCAAUAUAUCUUACGCGGACGGAAGUGGUGCAGCUGGCGACUAUGUUACUGAUGUUUUUCAAAUGGGUACUGCAAAAGUCAAGAACCUCCAGUUUGGAAUAGGAUAUUCAUCGAGUUCGCCAGAGGGUGUGUUGGGCAUCGGCUACCCAUCAAAUGAGGUCCAGGUCGGCCGAUUCGGCAAGGACGCCUACGCGAAUCUACCACAGGCAAUGGUUGAGCAAGGCCUGAUUAAAUCGAAUGCCUACAGCCUCUGGCUAAACGAUCUUGACGCAAGCACUGGGUCUAUCUUAUUUGGCGGUGUCAAUACUGAAAAAUAUGUUGGAGAUUUACAAUCUCUACCCAUACAAAGAGUUAAUGGAGGCUACUCAGAAUUUGUCAUUGCACUAACUGGGAUUGCGCUGGAAUCCGAGUCGCGGCAUAGUGUUUACUCCUCGGAUGCACUUCCAGCUGCGGUUCUCCUCGACUCUGGGAGCUCUCUGACCUACCUACCGGAUCCCGUCGUGGAAAGUCUUUACAACGAUCUCAAAAUAUCGUAUGAACCAUCAAGCGGAGUGGGCUACCUACCAUGCCAUAUGGCAGGAAAUAACAUAAACAUCACGUAUACCUUCUCACGACCCAGCAUCACUGUCCCGAUCGACGAACUUGUCCUCGAUGCAGGCGAUCUUCGUUUCAGGGAUGGGGCACGUGCGUGUAUCUUCGGAAUUGUCCCCGCUGGAGACAGCACUGCUGUUCUGGGGGAUACAUUCCUGCGCAGUGCAUAUGUUGUAUAUGAUCUAGCCAAUAAUGAGAUAUCCAUUGCCAACACCAAUUUCAACUCUACGACGGACAACAUUUUGGAAAUUAGCACAGGCGAAGACGCUGUUCCCGGCGCCACUCAGGUCUCCAACCCAGUUACAUCUGUUGUAGCUGACGGCUCUGGCGCGAGGAUUGGGCAGCCCACAGGUGCAACCACUUCAGAGGUUCCAUCAGAGAGCCAGUCGGGCGCCGCAGUUGCUGGACCAACAAUACUUCAGACUCAUUUGGCCCUCGGUUCAAUAGCCAUUGGGUUCGCGGUGGCCUUGUGGUAA